UAAACGUGUGGGUUGGGAACUGGAGAGAGUGUGUUGUCUCGCUUGGGGCCCCCGAUGCCAGAGUUCUAGCUUUCAUCGCACUGGGUGAAAGAUUUCUCCUGGACGUUUCACUCUCCGUGGCUACAGGCUCCAUGUUCAGAGCGGUUGUGCUGGUGCUCGCCUGCCUGCUGCAGAGGAAACUAGUGACCACAGAGGGGCAUCGUGGGACCAACCGCCAUGUCUUCUAUGCAGUGCAAAUGGACGGAGGCAUCAAAGCCGCCAGAGCUCUAGCGGACCAGCACAGGCUGGAGUUCGUACAACGGGUUGGCAGCCUGGAGGAUGUGUACACCCUUAGAGACAGCAGGGGGCGCCCUGAUAGAGCCACCUUUGAGAACAGUCUUUCAAACACAGGAGGGGUUCACUGGGUGCAGAGGCAGCACAGUCAUUAUAGAGACAAGAGGGUUCCUGUGUCAGGACUGGACCACAGGACCACUCACAGAUUCCGGAGGAGAGAGUCUACAACUGACAGGCAGCCUGGGGAGAAUAAGAGUGACCAGUCCCUCACCUUCAAUGACCCGCUCUGGCCCAUGCAGUGGGAACUGUUUGCACAGGGUGAGUACAACUCCGGCGGGUUUGACCUGAAUGUGAUGCCAGUUUGGAGGAACAACAUCACCGGUAAUGGAGUAGUGGUCAGCAUCAUUGACGAUGGGGUGGAUCACACAAACAAGGACCUGAAGAAAAAUUUUGAGGCCCUCGGAAGUUUUGACCUGCGUGCUUCACACGGUCUGUCCCAUGAUCCCAUGCCUGUCAGAGAUGAGGAGAAUAGUCACGGUACCCGAUGUGCAGGGGUAGUUGCCAUGGAGGCCAACAACUCCUACUGCGGUGUGGGCAUCGCCUUCAAUGCCAGGAUCGGAGGUAUCCGCUUGUUGGACGGCACUGUCACUGAUGCCAUGGAGGCCACAGCUCUGACCUUCAACAUCCACUUCAUCGACAUCUACGUUUGCAGUUGGGGCCCGCGGGACAACGGCGCCGAGAUGGACGGACCGCACACCCUGACAGCGCAAGCCCUUCGGCUAGGAACUCACAAGGGCCGAGGUGGGAAGGGCAGCAUCUUUGUGUGGGCGUCAGGUAAUGGUGGAAUGCAGCGUGACCAUUGCGGUGCAGAUGGUUAUGUUAACUCCAUCUACAACAUUGCCAUCGGUGCUGUCUCUCAAUUGGGAAAGCCCGCCUACUUCGGCGAGCCCUGCCCCGGUGUGAUGGCCGUCACUCUGACAGGGGCCAGCGUGGGAAGCUCACUACCUCUGGUCUCUGUGACCAACAUUGGUGGUGGCUGUGUCACACACUUUCCAGGAACAUCCAGUGCUGCUCCGACCGCUGCUGGGAUUCUGGCUCUUAUGUUAGAAGUAAAUCCCGAGCUGACAUGGAGGGAUGUUCAGCAUCUGAUCGCUAAGACAGCAAAGAUCCCCGACCCCAAAGAGCCUGGGUGGAGCAUCAACGGAGCAGGAUAUCACGUUCACCAUAGGUAUGGUUUUGGGUUGCUGGAUGCAGGGCUGAUGGUGCAGCAAGCCGUGCACUUUAACACUGUUGCCCCACAGAGGAAGUGCACGCAAGAAGUUACAGUCCAUCCUAUCAGGAUCAUUUCUCCAGGAGGCACUGUCAAAGUGAACAUCCAAUCAGAGGCCUGCCAUGGGAGGACUAAUGAGAUCAACACUCUGGAGCACGUUCAGGUGAGAGUGAGCAUCAGCACCGUGUGUCGCGGUGACCUCUCCAUAAGCCUGGAAUCUCCAGCCAGCACUGUGUCAAUGCUGUUGGACACACGGCCCAACGACGCCUCCACUGCUGGCCUGAAAAACUGGACCCUGAUGACGGUGCACUGCUGGGGGGAGCAGCCACGAGGCCUCUGGACCAUCAAGGUGACUGACCACAAAGGCACAGUGAGGAGCUGUACGAGGUCGAGUGACAAGGAAGCAUCCGGAGCCUUGCUCAGUGUUCAGCUCAUCCUCUACGGCACCUACCACCCACACAGGACCACACACGAGGAACCCCUGCAGAGCAUUGUGUCCAUGGGGUCGCGUCACCCCGUCCCUCACAGGGAUGUGUAUCAGAGGGACCGUUACCCACCUCUCGACCUGAUUCAAUGGGUCUACCAAAUGGAGAGAGACAGGAAGGUACAGGCUGCUGAUAUCACUGUUCCGGCCAGACGCAAGAUGUCGAAGAUUUCUGGAGACUUAGCAUUGAAUAAACAGACAGGCAACAAGCCCCUGGCGUCCAGUGUGGCUUUCCAGUUACAGCAGACAGAUGUUGUACAGAAGUCCUCCAUGGGGUCAAGACUUUCUGCUGUGCAGGAGCUUCAUGAGCCAAAGACCAUCAGGGACAAUGUGGACAGAGAGCACAGGCCCUUACCAUCACAGGUUCUCCAGGAUGUUGUCAACAGGCAGACUCGUCAGAUCCAGGAGGAGGAGAAAUUGUGAGCAGAGAGUCAGGAGAAGGGACAGGGCAUUGGGCAGGAAAAGUUGCACUGCUGAUCCCGGUGCUCCGUCUCCCCAUGCUGCACUCCGGCUCUCCGCUUCCACGGGAGCCUCAACUCGCACCUCUCCAACAAAGAGAGUAGUGUUUGUUGAGACUUCCCCGCAGCCAAUCGCUGCGUCGUUGCCCUUGGUAACCACGUCCAUCAUCCUUUGACGUCCAAUGAGCAGCGGGGGCGUGGCGGAGUCCAGGUGCGCCUCGGCGUCCACUUGGCAGAGCGCCUGAGA